GCAUCAAUCACAGCCGUUGAAUGUCACUCCCUAGUCAUCAAAUCUAACGGUCUGAUCGAUCUCUACCAACCUGUAACCCUCCUCGCCCCCACGCCGCAUCAUAUGAUCGACGCCCCGCUCCGCUCCGUCGCUCGAUUCCUGGUCCGGUUCAUCAAAUCCAUCUCCCCCACCUCCCCCUCCUCCCUCCUCCAAACCCUAACCCUCCACUCCUUCCUCACCAAAUCCGGCCACCUCGUCUCCAACGACUACGUAUCGAGCUCUCUCACCUCCCUCUACGCUUCGUUGGGCCACAUUGCUAGCGCACGCCAAGUGUUCGAUGAAAUUCCUGAACCGGGCCUGGUCGCCCGAACCGCCAUGGCCCGGGCCUACCUCGCCUUGGACCGGCCCUUGGACGCCUUGCUUCUCUUCCGGUCCGCGAGGUCGUCCGGUUUUUUCUUGGACCCUGUGGCUCUCGCCACCGCCAUCGCUGCGUGCCGCCUCCUCGGCAGCCACAGCAGCUUAAAUUUAGCAAAAAUGGUUCAUGGGUUCAUAGUUACUAGUGGGACCAAAAUCGAUCCUUUCGUUAGCACCGAAUUGAUCAGAGUUUAUGGCGAGUGCAAUGAAGUAGUGCUCUCUCGUCGAGCGUUUGAUGCAAUGCCGGAGAGAACUACUGUGGCUUGGAAUGUAAUUAUACAUCAGUAUGUUAGAAAUGGUGAGAUAGAAGUUGCACAUGAGUUGUUCGUCGAAAUUGCGAAUAGAGAUGUCGUUUCGUGGAAUACAUUGAUAUCCGGGUAUUGUCAAGUCGGUAGGUGUCGAGAGGCGUUGUGUUUGUUUUAUGAGAUGGUAUCAUCUAAAUUGAAGCCUAAUGUGCUAACUUUGUGUACUGCUCUGUCGGCUUGUGCUAGCAUUGGUGCUUUGGAGACCGGGAUGUGGAUCCAUGCAUAUAUCGAGAGAAACCGUUUGAACUCCGAUUGCUCGUUGGACCAUUGCUUAAUUGACAUGUAUGCAAAGUGCGGGAACAUCGAGAAGGCAGUUCAAGUCUUUAAAAAGAUCCCCGUAAGGCGAGAUUUAUACUCAUGGACAUCAUUGAUUUGUGGGUUCGCAAUGCAUGGGCGGGCCAUCGAAGCUAUUCAAACAUUCUCUUCUAUGCAACAAGUUGGUGUUCGUCCUGACGACGUUACAUUAGUUGGCGUUCUAAAUGCCUGUGCACAUGGCGGUUUAGUAGAUGAAGGUUUGCGUUAUUUCUACUCAAUGGAGGAAGCAUACAAUCUCACACAUAAAAUCGAGCAUUGUGGUUGUAUGGUCGAUCUUUUGGGUCGUGUCGGUCGAUUAAAGGAGGCAUAUGAUCUCAUAUUGAGGAUGCCUAUAAAGCCCAAUGAAGUUAUAUGGGGUACAUUGCUAGGUGCUUGCAAGGUUCAUAACAAUGUGGAGCUCGGUGAGAUUGCGGCCGCCAAAGUGAUCGAAUUGGAUCCCUAUGAUCCGUGGGGUCGAGUUAUGUUGUCUAAUAUGUACGCAGAAGCUCGCGAUUGGAGUGGAGUGAUGAGGCAAAGGAAGGAGAUGAAAGGAGUGGGGACUAGCAAAACUCCUGGGUGCAGUUUGAUUGAGGUAAAUGGUGAGGUGCAUGAAUUUGUCGCGGCGGGGAGUCUGCACCCACAACAUGAAGAGAUUCUUGCUCUGUUAUGUAACAUUGAAACUCAGAUGCACAAAAUUGAUCCUUGGAAGUGUGAUUGAUGCAUUGUAAAGUGAAUCUUUGAGACCUCGCUCACCUAAUUUUAUAUCAAUUUUUGAUGAA